GUAUCGUACGAUCAAUGACGAUCAAAACGUUGGUGUGCCUGAGCUGAGAGCUCCUUCGUAACGAGCACUUCCACAUUGCUAUUUUUUCUGAUGCAAUACUCGCGUUAUAGACUCGGGUUUUAAUAAAAUUAAAUAGAAAUAAGAUUUAAAAAGUGGUGAAUUGUGUAUUUUCUAGUGAACAAAAGCUUCGUUAAAUCUGCGUGUUAAAAUGACUGAAGAAGAUUCGAUUUUCGAUCCAACUUUGAAAAAGAAGAAAAAGAAAAAGAAGACCACUUUUGAUCUCGAUGGAGAAAUGGGUGAUGCGGGCAGUGGUGGCGAAAACACCGAAGGACUUGGCGACAAAGAGAAUCAGGAACCUGAUAAUCCUUCGGUCGACGAUGACGAAGCCCUCGACUUGGAAAACUUUGGAAAGAAGAAAAAAAAGAAGAAGAAGGCUUUCAAUCUUGAUGAACUAGAUGCCGCCUUGCCGGAUAGUAAAAAAGAAGAUGUUGUUGAACAGCAAACGGAGGAAAUUCCGAUUGAUGAUAACUUUGAUCUGGAUAUGGACUUCUCGAAAACAAAAAAGAAGAAGAAGAAAAAGAAGGAUCUGGAUGAGCUGGUAGCGGAGGAGGAGAAAAAAGAGAUAGAAGAUGCAGAGAAUGGCUGCACUGACUCUGAGCGAAGUGCAGACUAUGUCGAGGACACAAGCCUGUGGGUAGGAUCGGACAGAGACUACACUUAUGAUGAGUUACUUCUCAGAGUAUUCAAUAUCAUGCGGGAAAAGAAUCCCGAUAUGGUUGCCGGUAAAAAACAAAAAUUCGUCAUGCGACCACCACAAGUUGUUCGUAUUGGUACGAAAAAAACAUCUUUUGCCAAUUUCACCGAGAUUUGCAAAACGUUGCAUCGACAACCGAAACAUUUAUUAGACUUUCUACUGGCUGAAUUGGGUACGAGCGGUUCCGUCGACGGCAAUAGUCAGCUCAUUAUCAAAGGACGCUUUCAACAGAAGCAGAUAGAAAAUGUAUUGAGGAGAUAUAUCAAGGAAUACGUCACGUGCCAUACGUGUCGUUCACCUGAUACAAUCCUCCAAAAGGAUACCAGAUUAUUCUUCUUGCAGUGCGAGACAUGUGGCUCUCGAUGUUCGGUAGCUAGCAUCAAAUCUGGUUUCCAGGCUGUUACUGGGAAACGCGCUGCCAUUCGAGCAAAAACGGCUUAAAGAUUUUGUACAUUUUGCUAAGAGGAUAUUCGCGAAAAUUCUUGGAAGACCAUUGGAUUAAACAUACAAAAAUGAUUAUGAAAUACAAUUGCGUCAUGUCGAAAAUAAA